ACACCCGAAAUGAACGAAAUCCGACAACGAACGCACGUUGCGUCACGUCCGGGCAGUAUUUUCAGGGUUUUCUGCCCGGAAAAUGGUAGUAAAUGCAUACGGACUCGAAACGGGAAUUUUUUUUGCGUGUGUGCCCUGCUAGGGCACAGUAUCACGUGGAAAAAAAUUGGGCACGUUUGGCGGAUGCGAAGCGGAGAGGUGCGACCGAGGGUCCCCUCCGGCCAUACCGAUGGUAACGCAAAAAGAGUUUGUAUAUCAAAAAGAUGAUUCAGACCGGUUCCACACACCUUCCAAAAUGAAUUUGCAAAAGGAUGAUAACGGCGUUGAUGUAACUUCUCGUGGAAACACACCUUUUUACUGCACACCUGAGUACUGGGAUAGUUUCAAGGGUGAUAUGGAUGAUCCUGUCCAAGUACCAGAAGUAUCAGAUGAAAAAGCUGCCACAUCUUUGGAGACGGACGAAAUCGCAUCGCAUGCGUCGGUUGGUUCUCAAGGAGUACAAGAGGAAGUGGAGGAGGUUACUGGCAGGCGCAAGCGCAGAGGAUCACAACAUGUCAAGUCUCCUUAUGUGGUCCCUAAACCAAACAAACGUGCAAAACGUUCUGCCAAAGGAAAAUUGUUCCAAAAUGGUGAUGUUAACAAAUCUGGUGAUGAGUAUGAUGUGGUGAAAGCAUCCACCAAGUACGUGCGUGCGCAUGACCAUUCACAAAAACAUGCCAAAACAGAAAUUUUCAAUGAUGGCAUGGAAGAAGGUCUCAUUGUGCGGAGAGCUUGUCAGAUUAUUAACAUGAGUGGCUAA